GUUCUAUCUAGAUAUCGCAGUGGCAAGCUGCCCAAAGCUUUCAAGAUUGUUCCAGCACUGUCAAACUGGGAGCAGGUUCUGUACUUAACAGAGCCUGAGACCUGGACUGGUCCUGCUAUGUACCAGGCAACAAAAUAUAAAUGUUAUAAAAAUUAAGAGGACGCUUUGUUAACUUCUAUCAGUAACGUUUAUUUAAUUAUUAGAAGGCACCUUAUGAAUAUUCAUGACCAACUCUGAUUUGUCUUCUUUCUGAACAGAAACUUCUCAUUCAAUUCGAAGAAGCAAAUGGACCAUCUGUUCUACAACUUGGUGCUACUGCCAAGGAUACGAGAUGACAUUGCAGAGUAUAAAAAACUAAACCUCCUCCUGUACAUGGCCCUGAAGAAAGGUAUUUUCAAGCCAGGGUCAUGGUUCAAAGAUGAGACAAAUCAAGAGCGUGUAUUAAACAGGAGAGAAAUAGUCAGGUAGAUCAUCUGAAAACUUGGUUGAUAAUCAGAUUUAUGGUUGCUAGGAUGUAAUAAUGUGGAAUGAAAGUAAUUAAAAUGAUACACAUUUUGCUGUCAGGCAUUCAACAUUUGUAUCUAUAUUUACAUUUUAGUCAUUUAGCAGACGCUCUUAUCCAGAGCGACUUACAGUUAGUGAAUACAUUUUUUUUUUUUUCAUACUGGUCCCCCGUGGGAAUCGAACCCACAACCCUGGCGUUGCAAACGCCAUGCUCUAUCAACUGAGCUACAUCCCUGCCGGCCAUUCCCUCCCCUACCCUGGACAACGCUAGGCCAAUUGUGCGCUGCCCAUGAGUCUCCCGGUCGCGGCCGGCUGCGACAGAGCCUGGAUUCGAACCAGAAUCUCUAGUGGCACAGCUAGCACUGCGAUGCAGUGCCUUAGACCACUGCGCCACUCAGGAGGAUUAUAUAGUCACUAUAUACUGGAUUUUGUUUUGAGUGCAUGUUGGCAAUCAGCCAAAAAAGACAGUCGUUGCCACUAAGUGGCAGUAUUGUCUAAUCAGAUCGCAGAUUUAACCCGAUUUAUACUGUUAUUUUGGUUCCUUAGUAAAGAAAGCAAGGGUUUGAGGGGUCAAAAAAGCUGACGCUUACCAAUAAAAAAAACUAUGAUACUUUACCUUAGCUUGAGUGUUUAUCUCAAGGUAAAUAACAAUGAUCAACCAUGAUCUAUUUAACAUGUGUUGUACAAUAUUUUAUCAAUAUUUGUUUCAACUAACGACUUUAACUCUAAACCCAGCAUAUGUUUCAUGUGUCACUGGAUGUGUGUUCACACAUUGGCUCUUUCUCACUCAGUCAUCCUGAUCCCGCUCUGUGAAUCUGGAACAUGCACUCUCAGGGAGGCUAUCAUCAUUGGCAGCAUACUCAAAGUGCUCAAUCCCUGUACUGCAUUCCAGGUAAGAGAGACUCUUUUACCUGAGUUAUGUGUGCAAUUUUGUAUGAUCUAUGAUGCCCUAAUGUGAUUGCUCGGCUUGCCGCUUUGGUUAGGGACUUGGUGUUUAAGCGUGGCAGCUUCUAUCGCAGAUCAUGUAAGUGUAAAUUCAUGUGAAUGUAUGGUACUGUAUUAAAGGUAGUUUAACAGCAGGGCUUGCCACAACUUGUCCUCUGUGGAAAGAAUGCUGUAAGCAGUAAACAAAUUACUUUGAUUCUUUUUUUGCAGUGCUGCCAUGCUCUAACUGGCAGAGAUGGAGCACAAUGGAGUCAACAGCAUCUUCCUGCGACUCUUACUGGACAAGAAAUACGCCCUGCCCUUCCGUGUCCUGGAUGCCCUGGUCGUGUCCUUCCUGUGCUGUGGCACCAAAGUCUGCUCACCCUGGCGCAGCGCUACAAGGCCGACCUGGCCUCCGAACAGAAGGCUGCACUGCUGGAGCUGCUUAAAUUGCAGACACCCCCCCAGAUUUCUGCAGAGAUCCGUCAGGAGCUGCAGAACCCGGAGUCCCGUGAUCUGGAAACCGCCACAAUGGCCUUGCACUGA